AUGGUUCAAAGUAAAGUAUGAAUGUCAGUGUUGCUGGACUGUGAGGAGAUGUCACGUUGUCCUCUUUGAAUAUGAGGUCCGAAUCAAGACUGGGUCAUCAGAGAUGCUGAGCCAAAACAUCAAGGACUUGCAAGCUCCUGAUUUAAAAACGAAAUUAAUACUUUGUUUCAUUUCCUAUCCUUUUUGUUGGUCAAUCCCAAAGGUUUAAUUUCGGACUAUUUCUGCUGAAUAAACCUGUCAACAUAUUCCAGUUCACCUGUUUCAACCGUCUCAAUGGCGUUUUUAAUGAAAAAGAAGAGGUUCAAGUUUCAAAUCCAUUUUACAUUGGACGAGCUCACGGCCGUACCGUUUGUCAAUGGGGUACUUUUUUGCAAGAUCCGAUUGUUGGACGGUGGGGACUUUGCCGUCUCAUCAUCCAGGGAGGAGGUCCAACAGAACUGUGUUCGUUGGAAGAAGAAGUUCUCCUUCAUCUGUAAGAUGAGUGCCAGUCCCACCACUGGAGUCCUGGACCCCUGCAUCUGCAGGGUCUCUGUACGCAAGGAGCUCAAAGGAGGAAAGACGUUUUCAAAGCUGGGCUUUGCUGACCUCAACAUGGCGGAGUUUGCUGGCUCAGGCUCCACUGUGCGCUGCUGUAUCCUCGAGGGCUACGACACUAAGAACACUCGUCAGGACAACUCCAUUCUCAAGGUUACUAUUGGAAUUACACUUUUGUCGGGGGAUCCUUGCUUCAAAACGCCCCCCAGCACAGCCAAGUCCAUCUCGAUCCCGGGCCAGGACCCCUCCCUGCAGCUGGACUGUAAAGGCGAGGGCACCGAUGCCAACUCAAACCCUCCCCCAGGGGGCGUCAUCAGGACAUCAUCAGGACGGCCCCUCAAACCCAGACUCCCCUCAGCUCCCCUCAACUCUGGUCUACCCGAGCAGUUGGAGCAGAGCCUGCCCAGCCCAGAUGAGGUCUUCCACAUAGGACACUCCCGGAACUCCAGCUAUGCCAGCCAGCAGAGCAAGAUAUCAGGGUACAGUACGGAGCACUCUCGCUCCUCCAGCCUAACAGACCUCACACACCGCCGUAACACCUCCACAAGCAGUAGCACCUCUGGGGGCCUGGCCACCCCCACCCAGACCCCCCACGCACACGCCCUCGCCAACCCCCACCCCCNCAGACCCCCGCGGCCACCGCGGCCCAUCCUGCUCUCCAACAGACCCUCCAGGAGGAAGAAGGACACGGUUGAGAGUCAACCCACCUGGGUGGAUGAUACGCGCAUCGACGCCGACGACAUCGUGGACAAGAUUAUCCAGAGCCAGAACUUUGCCGAUGUCAGCAGCCAUGAAGAAGACAGCAACCUCAGAUUGUUUGUCAGCAAAGAUGGGACUACAGCCCUAAGUGGGUUACAACUGGGGAACAAGGUGACUGCUGGCGUCUUUGAGCCAGUGGUGAUCGAGAGCCACUAGCGAUGAGUGUGUGUGUGUUCACACAAAUGCACAUACGCCUGUCUUUUGAGUUACACCACUUCAACAAACACCACUAAACAACAUAUGUAACCCUUUAAUGAGAUAUUUACGGUGAUGGUGGUGGGAGGUGUAAUUUAUGAAUAAUCCAUUCAUGUAGAAAAGUUGUUAUAUUCAUGCUUUCAUCUGGGGGAGCAUAGGUGUAAAGUGUGCAAACUACUUGAUAGAGAGAGAAAUGGGAAACGAUUGCACCGUGGGAGUUGUAGUGAAACACUGAAAAUCAGGAAAAAGCUAGCCACACAGGUUGCGUUGGAGGCAAAUGUGGCUGCCUCAAAAAGUUGGAAUGUUAUGAUUUACCCUGUGUGUAUCAUUUUUGAACAAUGUGUACUACACUGGGUUAUGUUUGUGUAUGAUAAUGGUUGGGGAUACAUUUAGUUAUUCAAAUAACAAAUAUAAAUUCAAAUGAGGGGAGAUUGAUAAAGUAAAGAAAGACUUGGUUACAAACUACUAAAUAGAGAGAUUGAACAGGCCAUUUGAACUAGUGGUUUUCAAUGUGAAAUGUUCUAUAUUUGAUGACCCCUUGUAAUCCCCCUAUUUCAGAAACCGUACCAGACCUGGGGUCAAAGUUACGGUAUAGCCCAAAGAACCCAUGUUAUAGAAUUAUAGAGAUAUAUACAUUAUAGAAUAUAUUAUAAGUUACAGAAUGUUUUAGAAUAUAGGCUUAUAUGUAAUAUGAUCAUAGAUCAUGUUGAAAUACGGACCUCAGAAAGAGAAAGGCGUGUUCAUAUGGCUGGCCAUAUGCAACUGUACAUACUGCAUGGUCAAUGAUUAAUCGAUUACUCUAGUCUAGGUAAAUGCAGGCAGGAUUAGUAAUCGAUUAGUGUAGUCUAGGUAAAUACAGGCAGGAUUGGUAAUCGUUUACUGUAGUCUAGGUAAAAGCAGGCCGGAUUGGUAAUCAAUUACUGUAGUAUAGGUAAAUGCAGGCAGGAUUAGUAAUCGAUUACUGUAGUCCUAGGUAAAUACAGGCAGGAUUGGUAAUCGUUUACUGUAGUCUAGGUAAAUGC